CCUGGAUCACACCCACCCCACAGUGCGACAUCAAAAAGCUCCAAAAUACUGCAACAAGUUGUCACACAGACUCAAGUCCUCGUUGAGAAGAGACUUUUGCACUGUUUUAUACCGUUGUUAUUUUUAAAACAACUUGGGAUGAGCUGAAAGUGUCACAAGUAGUGGGGAAAUGUCUUCUCGUCAUGAGAUAGUGGAGCAUAUUCCUUAUAUCCCCCCGCUGGCGCUCCAUUGCUUCUCCGUUGACAUCACCGGGUCGCACCACCACUUCGGCCUGCCCUCCUUCCACCUGGAGCCGGCUUGCCUCGACUGCGUCUACCCCAGCCCCAAGUUCCCAGACGGAGGACUGCGCUAUUACCCGUGUCCCGGCUCGGUGAGCGUGUGUGAAUACUCGCUGGAGCCUGCGUUUAUCCGCAAGAGGAACGAGAGGGAGCGCCACCGGGUCCGGUGCGUCAACGAGGGUUACGCGCGCCUCCGGGAGCGCCUGCCGAGGGAGUUGGACGACAAGAGGCUCAGUAAAGUGGAGACACUGCGGGCCGCCAUCGACUAUAUCAAACAUCUGCAAGGCCUUUUGGACGUGAACGCACCCGGGAUGUCACUGGAAGCUGGCCACAAACGGCCGAAAUGCCGUGAGGACAUUGGAUACUAGUUUUUGCAAAUGCCACUGAGGACAUUAAAUACCGCUUUCCCCGCCUAUAUUGGGCUUAAAAAAAAAAAAAAAAAGGCUGUACACUAUACAUUAAAGCCAUUUUGGACAGGCACUGAUCUGACCUUCACUGAUGAAGGAAGGAAGACAUACAAGUACUUUUCAGCAAAAGAAGGAUGCAAAAUAAAAAGCUGGGCUGAGGGCAGGAUACAAACAAGAAAGGAAGAAAAAGAAGGAAGGAUGUAGGAAGGAAGGAAGAAAAAGCCAGUCUGAGGUGGAAGGAUGUGAGGAUGGAAAAUUAAGUGUGUCUGAGGGAGGGAUGGAAGGAAGAAAAGUUGGUUCAAGUGAAAAAACUAAGGAUGGAAGGAUCCAUUCAUAAAAAGAAAAAAAACUGAGGGAAAGAAGGUAGAAAAGUAGGUUUAAGUGACAGAGGUAAAGAUGCACGCAUAUAAGCAGGUGCGACAGAAGAGAGGAAAGAAGGAAGAAAGAAAUGAAGGAGGACAGGAAAGGAAAAGAUGCCGGGAAGGAAAGGAAUGAAGGGAGAAAAGUAGAUUUCGGCGUAGGAAGGAGCAAGGCAAAGAUAAAUAGCAACUUUGAGAAAUGAUAGAAUGAAUGAGGGAAUAAAGGAAGUCAAGAAGGAAAAUAUGCCAGCAAAAAAAAAAAAAAAAACAUUUUUAAGUGUAUACGAUACCUACUUUUGGCCCGCCCUUGUAUAUGCUCAAUAACAAUGAACAUUUUUCUUUUAAGCCUUAAAGUUUAAG